CGGUUGUGGUUGUUAAUCAAUGGUUUGUUGUUACAUCCAUCACAUGUGCAUCCAUGAUGGCUGACAAUCUAGUUUGGAUUGAUCUUGAAAUGACUGGUCUCGAUGUUAACCAUGACGCAAUAAUCGAAAUAGCUGUCCUAAUAUCCGAUAAGGACUUGAAUAUCAUUGCUCAAGGGCCUGAUUUAGUGAUACACCAGUCUAAAGAAUUAAUGGAAAACAUGGAUGAAUGGUGCACGCGGCAGCAUGGGGAGUCAGGACUAACUGCAAAAGUCCUACAGUCAAGAAUUUUGUUAGAAGACGCGGAGCAGAUCGUUCUUGAAUUUGUCCAAAACCACACUAAGAAAGGAUGUUGCCCUCUUGCAGGAAACUCAGUUCAUACGGAUAAGAUGUUUCUAGAGAAAUAUAUGCCGAAUCUGAGUAGGCAUUUACAUUACCGCAUCGUGGAUGUUAGCACUGUGAAAGAGUUAUGUCGUAGGUGGUACUCCGAAGAAUAUCAAAAAUGUCCGGUAAAAAAAGAGAGGCACAGGGCACUAGAUGAUAUAAAAGAAAGCAUCGAGGAACUGAAGUUUUACAGGAGAAACAUUUUUAAAAGUUUGCAGCUGCCGUAGAUAUUAAGAUUGGGAGAAAUAUAUUUGAUCUUUAGCGGUUCACCAAUCUGUGCUGAAGAAAAUUUGCAUGUGCCAAAUAGUAUCAAAGUUCCAUCAUUCUACCAAAAGAAGGGAUUCCACACAACUGACAUCAAAAGUUUUUGCUACGCUCCCUGCCACCAGUCUCUUCAAAGUAUGACAGUCUUGGGUUUGCAAAACUCAUUCAUGCCACAUUUUCCAUGUGCAACUUCUCUUGACAAUUCAUUUGGCUUGCAAAUAGAAGUUUUUAAUAGAACUAUAGCAAAUUUGGUGUGCAAUCAGAAAAUGUUGGCAUGCAGCACUAUCCUGACCUUGCACAUGCAUCUGCCAUACUCUGCAGACUUUGCCCUGCCAUAACUCUUGGUAAACUGCACUCAUUUUUUGAAUGUUUCCUAUUGCAUCCCCCUCUUUCCUUCUUGUUAGAUAGACAGAUAUGAUGCAAUUGUGUCAGGCCAGUAUGGAUUCCACGGCAGCUGCACUCCAGAUAAUAUUUCUGAAUAAAUUGCACACCCAAGUGAUGGGUAUAGUUUUAAGAGUAGCUUAAAUUUACAUGUUUUCAUCAAAAAGGACUUUCUAAUUUUGCUUAAAAUAGAGAGUGGAAAAACCUGUUGUUCUAAAUUCAGUAAACAUUUGAAAUAUUGAUAACUAGUACACUUUUUAAAAUAAUGCAAUCAAUAUAAAAUGCCUAACUUUGCAGUUUCAACUUUCAAUCCCUAACUUUCUCUUAGAGCAAAAAUGGAUGAUAUCAACAGGGUGCACACACAAAUUUGCCCCCUUAUCAAAAUAGCACUUUUUUCAUUCCUUUACACUUUGGGUAAUUGCUUGAGCUUUCUCAAACCUGGUUGAAAACUGCAAUCAAAUCCAGACCUCAGAGGGUCCUCAGAUUAUUCACACUCCACCUCCCCUUGAAACUAUACCCUGUCAAAAAUUGGCAAACAAUUUUUCUUCCCUCUCAUAGUUGUAUGUGGCUAUAAAAGAUGGGCCAGAACAAAUACAAAAAGUUUGAGACAUACUUUGCUAACUCAACAUCUGUCCUGGCCGUGUGCAAAGUUUUGAGCCAUUUGACGGGUUCCUUGGGUACAAAAUAGCUUUUUCAUACCUGUAUGUAGAGGCAUUGUAAAUUCGGAGAAAACAGGACUUUACUGAUCGUACUUGCAAGGUACUACACUCGUAAACCACAGUGUAAUCUGGGUCAAGUAACUUAGAGCUUUAAGGUCAAUAAGCCUUUUUAAAUAAACACAGCCCCUGCACAUUGGAUGCAUGGAUAUGCAAUAUUGUAAAUGAGACAUGCGACCACAACUACAAAGCAACGAUAAUCGGCUUAAGUAACAGGUCAAGAGAUUUUCAGGCCUCAACUAAAAGUUCUGAUAAAGAAAUUAUGGAAACAUUCGUAUUGGAAACCAUGGGAUUUUUUCCAUUUUCAAAAUUUCUGUUUGUUUCAGAUUUUGAACAUUGUGUGCAUUAAAAGUUCAGCUACUUGAAUGUGAAAAAAUUUAAUGUUUUUAUCCAGAAAACAUUUAAUGUAACCUUAUGCAGGUUUUCCAAGGGACAACUGUAGCGAGGACAGUAGCAAUGAGAAAAAUUUUUUUGCUUAGGGCACUCCUUGAUUUUUCACAUUUUGUAGUUCUUGUCUAUCAGAAGCAAUACAAAGAAUAAAGUAAUAAAUUAUUUUUUUUCUCGAGUUCAAGUUCAAGUUCACUCUGCGUUUGAUAGGAUUUUCAUAUCUAGUUGACUAUUUAAAUUUUGAUUACUUCCAUUUCCUAUCAUUUAAAACAGAAACAACAAGGACAUACUUGUUGCCUUUCCUGAAACCUCAAAGAGUUGUCAGUUGCACUUGGCCCACAGCCUACAGGACUGGGCUUAAAAGAUUGAUGUUGGCUCUGAUCAUUUAGAGUACUUUUCACCAUGGUAUAAUGUCAAAGCUGUUAGAGAACUUGAGAAACGUUUGGAUCCAUGUUUAGCUGCUUGGUUAAGUCUUAGGGUUUGAAUCCAUAUCUGAUGUUUGAUACUGAGAUUUAAGUUUUUAUGUUCAUUCAGCAGCAGAUAGGAACCACUGACAGUACAGGGGGCAACUGCCCCUCAUCAAAGUGCUUUUUUGAUAAAUGUACCCUUGACAGUGACCUGUAAUGUAUUAUCAAAAGAGAUAAUAAUAUUAAAUCCUGACUGUAGUGUCUGAUUCAUGACAAAAUAUCUCAAAAUUUGUAAAAAAAUUCUUAUAAAAGCAGUUAGCCAAUUUUCAAGAUGCCUUCAUUUCAAAUAAAAUUUAAAAUGACAGUUGCAACAAAAUUAGUAGAAGUUAGAAAUCAUUUGCUAAAUGCCCUUUUACUGAAGCCUGCUUCCUUGCCCCUUUGUCGUUCUGGCACCCGUGUAUGGUUAUCUGUGAUGUGCUUCGGUUUGAAGACAGUUAAAAUAUUGGGUAAAUGCCAAGCUUAAUUAGCUAAACAUGGUUUGUUAAAUGAGCCAAAGGCAUUUAGCAUUGAAUUUUGGUUUUGGAAUUUCUAACUUUGAAGUGUCAUGUUAUAACAUGUUUUAUUGGAAACAAUAACUUUUUGGUGACGUUGAAGAAAAACAUCUCAAAAUCCUCUUAAAGGUUGAAUCAGAAAACUGCCAGUACAUGGAAUAAUACCCAAUAUUCAUCUACAUGGCCAUAGGUGUUUUAAAGACAGAUGAAGGUUGCUUUGGAUGAUUUCCCAGUUAAUAUCAAAAGUACAAAGUAUUAUUAUGAAUCUAUAGGAAAACAGGUGCUGAAACAAUCCAACAUAAAACAGAUGCCAAGUUUUUUCACAUAUUGCAAGCAAGAAAGUACAGGAAGCAAGCAAAUCAAAAUAUUUUCCUUUAGCUACAAGUUUGGCUGAAAUAUCCAAAAAUUCCUUCUGUUGAUCAUCCCUUUUUACUCUAACUGGCAUAAAAUUAAAUGAGUGAACCUGGUUUAGAAAUAAUCAAAUAACAAAAUUUCAUAAAACUAGCGCCCAAUGUACAACAAAUUAUAAAAGAAAUGGAUAAAUUUGGUGAUUUAUGACGAUGUUUUUGUACUAAAAUGGUUACAAAAAUAUAAUAUGCAUUGUAAGUUGAAAACAUUUUAUUGCAUGAUGGGAAAUAACUACACUACUUAUAUACUUGGUUAAUAUCUAUAUAUCAAGAUGAAAAGCAAUUUCAAACAUGUUUCCUUUUCAUGCCAUGAGAAAUUUAAAAUUAACCUUUAGAAUUUAUUUUGGAGUUGAUGGCAAGAGGUUUCUAGAAACAGAGGUUGGUACCUUAUUCAUGUAAAAUCUUGAAAAUUUUGGAAAAUGAAGCUAUUCCUUGAAAUGCUGACAACAAACAGGAAGGGCCUACAACAAAGAGGAAUUGAAAUAGAACAUGACACAAUCAGCUCUUUUUUUGGAUAGGGGCGGGGACUGUGGAGAAGUUGGGAUGGUGUCUUUAAAGGUCAAGAAUUUUAUUUGUAUCUUUGUACAGUAUAUGUUUUAAUUGUUUAUAUUGGGGAGAGGUUGAGAGGUCUGUAGCUAAGCCCUAGCAAGGGGAGGGAGAGGCUAAGAAGUGAGGGAGGUGAGAUCAAGUUUGUUGAUUUUAGUUUAGAAAGAAGGCAGAAUCUGGGAAGCAAGAAGAGGGUAAAGGCUCAAAGUUACCAAACCCUGAGAAUGAAAGAUGAGCUGCAGGCAAACUUGGUGAAUGUGACAAGGCAAUUUGGAAUGAGUGUGCACAGGAAGAGUAACUGUUUUGAGAAUGUGCAUAUAAUAUCUUUAAUCACUUGCCAUCUAGGCCCAGUAUCUAUAAAAAACUAAUAGUUUAGCAACACUACUUGGAUAUAAUGAAAGCAUUUGAUACAGUUCCUCACAAACGUCUUUUAGUAAAAUUGUCCUCAUAGGGAAUAAUGGGGAAGACACUAGGAUUAAAUCAUUUCUGACAUCAAGAAGACAAAAAGUAGUUCUGAACGGAUUCAGAUGUCACUUGAAGGGCCCAAAGAGAGGAUCCUUGGACCGAUUUUGUUUCUCUGCUAUAUAAACGAUCUUUCGCCAGUUAUUCAGAAUAAGGUGAAAGUGUUUGAUGAUGACACAAAAAUCUAUUCUGAAGUUGACAGUGUUGAGGAUUAUAGAAAUCUCAAAAAAAUCUUGAUCGAAUCAGUUAUUGGAGUUAAGAGAUGGGGUCUGCAAAAGUGAAAAAUAUUGUGAAUUGGAAAGAAAAAUCCCUCAUUUGAUGAUUGUAUGACAGAUUCCGAUGGCAAUGAAAUAAUGUUAGAUGUUGUAGACAAAGAAAAAUACCUUGGUGUGUCCAUAGACAAGGAGUUAACUUUUAGACAACACACUGAUCUGACUGUUUCCAAGGCAAAUUGAAUUAUGGGUCUCAUAAGACGGUCAUUUACAUACAUUGAUGAAAGGUCUUUUUAAAUGUUGUUCAAAUCACUAGUAAGACCAAUUCUUGCAUAUAACAACACAAUCUGACAUCCAUACUUUAAAUCUAUCAAUGCGAAAAUUGAAUCUGUGCAAAGACAAGCUAUAAAAAUGAUCAAUGUAGCAAAGAACCUAAGUUAUUCCAAGCGCUUUAUGGCUGUCAAUUUACCAACUCUAGCAUUUUGAUGCUUAAAAGGAGAUAUGAUUCAAGUUAUACAAAUAUCUAAAUGAAAAGUAUGAUGUUGGCACCAUUUAGCAUAGAUUAAAGAGAGUUUCACAACACACAUGGACAUCAGUUGAAACUGGUAAAAUCUGUCUCAAGGUCAAACAUUCGGAAGAACUUUUUUACAGAUAGAUGCAUCAGUACCUGGAAUAGUUUCCCAGAA